CCGCGCGCGGUUCCGGCGGGCCGGGCCGGGCCGUGCCGGGAGCGGGGCCGGGAUCGGGCCGGGAGCGGGGCCGGGAUGGAGGCCGUGCCCCGCAUGCCCAUGAUCUGGCUCGACCUCAAGGAGGCCGGGGAGUUCGCCUUCAACGCCGCCGUCAAGAAGUUCGUGCUGAAGAACUAUGGGGAGAACCCGGAGAGCUACAACGAGGAGCUGCGGAAGCUGGAGCUGCUCCGGCAGGUGAGGGGCGUGCGGGACUUCGAGGGCUGCAGCACCCUGCGCAAGUACCUGGGGCAGCUGCACUUCCUGCAGAGCCGCAUCCCCAUGGGACAGGGCCAGGAGGCGGCCGUGCCUGUCACAUGGACUGAGAUCUUCUCGGGCAAGGCGGUGACGCACGAGGACAUCAAGUACGAGCAGGCCUGUGUGCUCUACAACCUGGGAGCCCUGCAUUCCAUGCUGGGAGCCAUGGACAAGCGCGUGUCCGAGGAGGGCAUGAAGGUUUCCUGCACCCACUUCCAGUGUGCUGCUGGUGCCUUCACCUACCUGCGGGAUCACUUCCCUCACUCCUACAGCGUGGACAUGAGCCACCAGAUCCUCAGCCUCAACAUCAACCUCAUGCUGGGGCAGGCACAGGAGUGCCUCCUGGAGAAGUCCAUGCUGGACAACAGGAAGAGCUUCCUCGUGGCCAGGAUCAGUGCCCAGGUGGUGGAUUACUACAAGGAGGCCUGCCGGGCCCUGGAGAACUCAGAGACAGCCUCGCUGCUGGGCAAGAUCCAGAAGGACUGGAAGAAGCUGGUCCAAAUGAAAAUCUAUUACUUUGCUGCUGUGGCCCACCUGCACAUGGGGAAACAGGCUGAGGAGCAGCAGAAGUUUGGGGAGAGGGUCAUCUACUUCCAGAGCGCUCUGGACAAGCUCAAUGAAGCCAUCAAGCUGGCCAAGGGCCAGCCUGAAACCGUGCAGGAAGCUCUGAGGUUCACCAUGGAUGUCAUUGGUGGGAAGUACAAUUCAGCCAAAAAGGACAACGACUUCAUCUACCACGAGGCCGUGCCCGCGCUGGACACUCUGCAGUCUGUCAAAGGUGCCCCCCUGGUGAAGGCUCUGCCCGUGAACCCCACGGACCCCGCGGUCACCGGCCCUGACAUCUUUGCCAAGCUGGUGCCCAUGGCUGCCCACGAGGCCUCAUCCCUGUACAGCGAGGAGAAGGCCAAGCUGCUGCGGGACGUGAUGGCCAAGAUCGAAGCCAAGAACGAAGUGCUGGACCAGUUCAUGGACUCCAUGCAGCUGGACCCUGAGACCGUGGACAACCUGGACAUGUACAACCACAUCCCGCCCGUGCUGAUGGAGAAAUGCGCCGCGCUCAGCGUGCGCCCCGACACCGUGCGCAACCUCGUCCAGUCCAUGCAGGUGCUCUCCGGGGUCUUCACCGACGUGGAGGCGUCGCUGAAGGAGAUCCGGGACCUGCUGGAGGAGGACGAGGCGCAGGAGCGCAAGCUGCAGGAGCUGCUGGGGAGGGUCCCGCCGGCCCCCGCGUCCCCGCCGGGGCUGGCCGAGGUCAGCAAGGAGUGCUCCAAGUACCUGGAGCUGCACGAGAAGGCGAGUUUCACCAACACCGAGCUGCACCGCGCCAUGAACCUGCACCUGGGCAACCUGCGCCUGCUCGGCGGCCCCCUGGAGCAGGUGCGGGCUGCACUGCCCACCCCCACGCUCUCCGAAGACGACAAACAGGUGCUGCAGAACCUGAAGCGGAUCCUGGCCAAGGUGCAGGAGAUGCGGGACCAGCGGAUGUCCCUGGAGCAGCAGCUGCGGGAGAUGAUCCAGAAGGACGACAUCACCACCUCGCUGGUCACCACCGACCGCUCCGAGAUGAAGAAGCUCUUUGAGGAGCAGCUGAAGAAGUACGACCAGCUCAAGGUGUACCUGGAGCAGAACCUGGCUGCCCAGGAGAACGUGCUCAAGGCCCUGACCGACGCCAACGUCAAAUACGCGGCCGUGCGCAAGGCCCUGGCCGAGGUGGAGCACAAGUGGAACACGACCGUGCAGACCCUGGUGGCCUCCUACGAGGCCUAUGAGGACCUGAUGAAGAAGUCCCAGGAGGGGAAGGAUUUCUACACGGACCUGGAGGGGAAGGCGGCCAAGCUGCUGGAGCGGGCACGGGCCGCGUGCCAGGCCAGCGAGGCACACCGGCAGCAGCUGCUGGAGAGGGAGCUGAAGAAGCAGCCGCCCCCCCGGCCCACGGCCCCCAAGCCCCCCCUGCAGAAGAAGGCGCUGGACGAGGCCGGGGGCCCCGAGGCCGCCGAGCUAGGCUCGCUGGUGCUGCAGGAGCUGCCGGAGGAGCUGCGGAGCCUCCCCCCGGAGCUGCUGCCCGCGCCCCUGGCCCAGCUGCCGGCCCCGGCGCUGGCCGCCCUGGCGGGGGCUGCGGCCCGCCGAGCCCUACCUGCUGCCAGGGGGUGGCCAGCGCCCGCUGCCCCCCCUGCCCCCCACGCCGCCCUUCCCGGGGCACUACCGCCUGCCCGCGCCUGCCGCCGUGCCGGCCCUUCCCCGCCCCGAACCGCCUUCGGGGGCCCCCACGGCCGCCCCGCGCUGCGUCCCCCAGCACGGGGCCCUGCCGGCCCCGCCUACGGCCUGGGCCAGCCCGGCCCGGCCCCCGCCCCGCUCCGCCCGCCCGUGCCGGGGGCAGCGCCGCGGGUGCCCAGCCGGGGCUGGGGGCCACAGCCCCCGGGCACCCGCCCGGCCACCACCACGGUGGACAGCGUCCAGACGCCCAUCUCCAGCUGCUCCGUGCCCCCCGGGGCCCCUUCCUGCCCCCAGCGCCCGGGGGCCCCGGCGCCCUUCCCCUACACGACGGGGAGUGCAGCCCUUCGGGGCGCCGGCCCCGGCCCCCUUCCCCCGGCACAGCCCCCGCCCGCCUUCGCCCAGGGCCCGCAGCAGUUCCCGCCGGGUCCCUUCCCUACCCCGGGCCGAGCCCAGCAGCAGCAGCAGCAGCAGCGCUUCCCGCUCGGGGGCGCAGCUGCCCCGCCGGGCCCGGGCGCAGCCCCGCUGCCCCCGCAGCUCUACCAGCUCCAGGAGCAGCUGCCCCGGCGGGCCUGGCCCCGCACCGGGGGCCGUGCCCUUCCCCAGGCCCCCGCCCGAGCGGCCCCCCGGCGCUGGGGGCUCCAGCCGUUGCCCCCGCGUCCCCGCCCUGCCCUUCUGCCCCAGCCCGGCUCCCCCGGCGCCCAGCUGCCCCCGGCACCAUGGCCCUGGGUCCCCCGCUGGUCCGCCCCGCCCAGCCAGGCCCCUUCUCCCGGGCGCUGCCGGGCUCCGUGGUGUCCCGGGCCCGCUGGUCCCGUCCCCGCGCCCGUCCCGUCCCCGGCCCUGCCCAUGCAGCCCCGGCGCGCGGCGCCUCCGGCGCUGCCCCCGCCCGGGCCCAGCGGAGCCGCCGUUCCGCGGCAGAGCCCCUGCCCGCCGACCUGCUGUCGUCCAGCCCGAAGCCAGCCCGGCGGCUCGGCGCGCCCGGGGGCUGCUGCAGCCCACCAAGGCGGGGCGCCAGGAGGGGCAGCGGCCCGGGCCGUGCAGCUCAUCGAGCCGACCGAUCGCAGCGGGGCCCGGAGCGUCCGGCGGCUGCUGGCGAGCUGGAGCGGUUCCGCGGCCUGGCCGAGCGGCUGGAAGCGGCCCGCGCCCGGCGGCGGCUCCGAGCUGGACGCGCUCUGGAAGGAGCUGCAGGAGGCGCAGGAGCGCGACGCCCGGCAGCGCUCCAUCGCCAUCGCCCGCUGCUACUCCAUGAAGAACCGGCACCAGGACAUCAUGCCCUACGACCGCAACCGCGUCGUGCUGCGCUCGGGCAAGGACGACUACAUCAACGCCAGCCGCGUGGAGGACCUGUCCCCGUACUGCCCCGCGCUCAUCGCCACCCAGGCCCCGCUGCUCGGCACCGCCGCCGACUUCUGGCUCAUGAUCUACGAGCAGAAGGUGUCCGUGGUGGUCAUGCUCGUGUCCGAGCAGGAGCUCGGACAAGGUAAAGUGCUCCGGUACUUCCCGUCGGAGCGGGGCCAGCCCGUGGCGCACGGCCCCCUGAGCGUGGUGCUCACCAGCCUGCGGGUGACCCCCACGCACGUGGAGCGGAUGCUGACGCUGCAGUACCGGGACCAGAGCCUCAAACGCACCGUGGCCCACCUCCAGUUCACCUCCUGGCCUGAGCUGGGCCUGCCCGACAGCAAGGGGAGCCUCCUGCGCUUCAUCCAGGAGGUGCACGGCCAUUACCUGCACCAGCGGCCGCUGCACACCCCGGUGGUGGUGCACUGCAGCUCAGGGGUGUCGCGGUCGGGGGCGCACGCUUUUCUGCCUCGCUGGACGCCCUUCGCCUGCUAGGAGGUGGAGGCCGGGAACGGCAUCCCGGACCUGGCGCAGCUGGUGCGGCGGAUGCGGCAGCAGCGCAAGCACAUGCUGCAGGAGAAGCUGCACCUCAAGUUCUGCUUCGAGGCCGUGCUGCUCCACGCCGAGCAGGUGCUGCUGCGCCACGGCGUGGGCGGCCCCAGCCUGGCCAAGCCCCCCAACAGCACCUCCCCCAAGCUCUACUUCCAGCAGGACCCCCAGGACCUGGUGCUGGGGGGGGACGUGCCCAUCAGCUCCAUCCAGGCCACCAUCGCCAAGCUCAGCAUCAAACCGGGGGGCCCCAGCGCCGAGCCCGGGGAGGGCUGGGGGGCGGAUCCCGGCCCCGCUCCGGACCCCGUGGAACCCGAGGUGCCGCUGGCCGUGCCCGACGGCCUCGUGGAUGGCGUCGGUGCCCCCGAGCCCGAGCCCCCCGCCCCGAGGCCGCCCCUCCCCGAGGCAUCGGGUGACGCUGAGAGCAGCAACCACGUCGGGGGGGAGAGCCCCGAGGGGCCGGGGGGGCCGCCGGAGCCCCCCGCUGCCCCCCCGGCCUCCUCCUCCUCCUCCCUGGAGCUGCUGGCCUCGCUGACGCCCGAGGCCUUCAGCCUGGACGCGUCCCUCAAGGGCAAGCAGCGCAUGAACAAGCAGAACUUCCUGCAGGCACAGCCGGGCGAGGGGCUCCGGGCGCCCCGGCCCAGCGACGACCCCCUCAGCAUGCUCGACCCCCUCUGGACCCUCAACAAGGCGUGAGGGGGGCGGGGGCCCCCCGGCCCCCAGCCCCGCUUUGUUUGACUCCAGGUAGAACUGACUUUUUCAGCUCUUUGCUACUAAAAUAAAGCGAGUUU